ACCCAGCAAACACAAAUGUUUCAAUAAGAUCUCCGAGAUGUUGCAACUAAAGCUCUGAUGAGAUGUGUCGAUGAGACGUAUAUUAGAUGUUUUUGAAUCCUUAAUAUCGCAUGUGUCUGAGAUGUCACAUUUUCAAUGCCCCAGGGAUAGUUCGCCUAGUGCUCAAUACAAACAUCUCAGUGGGACUUGUAUGCCAUAUCGCUGGGACUAAACAGAGGUAUCUGAAAAACGUGUCAUCUAGCUCCCAGAGCUGUAUCAAUACGGUCUCUGAGAUGUCACAACUAAAGCUCAAAUGCUAUGUCUCUACGAGGUACAAGCCGAAUCACCGGGAUUAAACAAAGACGUGUCAGAAAUAUAUCAUGUAUCUAAUGUAGAUGUUUCAAUAAGAGGUGCUGUAAAAUAUAUGUAACUUCUCAACGCGACACACGUACGUGUAGUAGUAAUAUAACGGGUGAUUCAUAUAAUGAUUGCGGACAAUUUGAAUUUUCAGUUGGGUACACAAAACAUUCAUAAAGUGGGUCACAUGCCAAAUGUCAUUUAUUUAAAUGCGGAUUAAUUUAAUGGAUAAUGCCAAUGCCUUACGUAAAAACCACUAAAAUCUACAAUCAGUAGGUUUUGUACAUCAAGAACUUAAUUAUUACCGAAGCGGGUCGUUGAUGAGAUAUGAAUUUCGAACCGAAUCAUAACAGACAAAUUUAUUUCAUAUUACUAACUUAGAUAUAUCUGUUAAAAUACCAUAGCUGAACUAAUUUUUAAUAAAUACGAUUUUUAGAUAGGUAUAGUAUGAAUUAAAUAUAAUUUUUGGGGUUUAUUCGUUUUUUUUUUCAGUAGGCCACGAAAUAUUAUAAUCGCCGUGCGAGUACAAAGUCAACAACUUUGUAAAUUCUUUGAAUUGAAUCUUGUUUACUUAAGAUACCUGUUUAGCGGAUCGAAAAGUGUGCUUAACCGGUUCUAGGGUGGAUAUUCGUUUUCGUUUUAAGGGUCGUUCAUUCAUUGAUUUCGUGCGCGUCCUCGUGAUUGUUAAUUUUGAUUUGUGUUCGUGAUUAGGUACAUUUCCGGAAUCCGGUUGGUUUGAAGGCAUCACUAUAGGUAAGUACGUACCUAAUCUAUCUAUUUUUGUUUGUGUAUUUAAUUAAGAUUGAAAUUAUAUAAGCAAAGAUAAAUGCAAGUUUUUCGAUUUUGAUGCACAUUAGAUAGAUGGACAGGCGAAUUACUAUAAAAUCUUAAUAUUUGUGUGAAUAUGUAAUCACCGGCAAUAAAUUAGCGAAAUUUCAGACAAAUUCCGUUUACACAAUCAAUGGAACGUGUGGGUUAAAAAUAUUGAAAUUAAGAAAUUUCUCCCUGUAACUGUAAACAGUUUACUGUAGAUUUUGGCGCUGAACUGUUUUUUCGCAUUUGUCCUUACGGGUCACGGAAUUAUUAUCCUGAUGAGCGUACUUCUCGCGAUCAAUAUCCAGUGAAUUUUUACCCUACUGAUGAUGACCACUUAGUGGUCGAAAUACGUAUUUAGGUUUUUUUAAAACUUAUUGUGGUAAAGGGAGAAAUUUCUUAAUUUCAAAAUUCCGUUUAGCCUAGGGUUGGUAUAAGGAAACAAAAUUGCCGUUUCUACAAUACAAUUUUGAUUCUAUACAAUCACACAAUGUAUAAACUAGAAAAGGAUUUAGUUUAAUUUAUAAUGUUAAACAUUACUUAAGCAAUUUGGAAUUGAAAACAAAGUGUUGUUCAAGAUCUCUAGGGGUAUGUAUCUGUUUCACGCAAACCGUUGCCUAAAAGUAUUCAAGCUCUCAUUGACAAUAUGAAUCUGAAAAGUUGCUACCAAUAUAAUUUUUCAUAAUUUAUUGAAGGAAAAUAUUAUCGUGAUCGUUACAUUUCCGGUUAUACCGGAUGUCGAUAGCAAUUUUUUUAUUUUGAAUAGAACACCCCAUAUUUUAUCGCAUUUUAGAAAUCUACAUGAAAAUCUACGUCUUUUGAUAGAGAGAAAAUAUUUUUGAUAAUCUAAUUGACUCGUAACUAUGGAUCACUGUUUUUUUGUAGCGUAGGCUGCAUAGUAAAUUCCGAGAUAAAUGCCGCAAAAAGCAAUAUGGGCACGAUGCCCGUUUUUAGCGCAUUUUUUUUAAUAAUUAACACACGAUUUACCCGUCAUGGUAUUCUAAGGAAAGGACUCAUCAAAAGGAAUUGGUUUCUAUACAAACUAUAAGUGUACCACAAUAUUGUUGGUGAAAAUUUAACUUAAUUGGUAUAACAUUCAUAAUUGAGUUGACUUCACAUGAGGUACUUAUUUUGCAUCUAUGCUGGGAAUGCAUCUUAUACUGAGGUUGCCAUAUUCUUUUGUGUUUUCGAAGGUCUAAGUAAAAAGGUACGUCAUGAGCAAGAAAAGGAAGCCAUUUUGUGAUCUAUCCGAUAGACAAAAAUGGAGACUAGUGGAAAGAGAGAUGAAUCCUAACACAGCCAUUUGUUCGCGUGCCACUGUUUCAGUCCCAACUCCAAACCAUAUAAUGGAGAAAACAUCUCCAAUUCCGGUGGACAAUUACGUUAUAGACCAGGGCUGCGAUACCGCUACUUGGUUGGGUUCUGCAUCAUCAAUAGGUGAACAUAGUACAGGCACUAGUUUGCCAGCUGCUCAUUCCCAGGCUAAUUCGUUCUAGUGGUUUACAAGAAGAUCUGAGAACAUGGGUUAUCAAGUAUUCACAAAUACCCAGAACUGCAGUGAAUGAUUUGCUGGCUUUGCUAAGAAGGAAUGGUCACUGUGAUUUACCAAACGAUUCCAGAACAUUAUUGAGUACACCCAGAAACUCAGCCAAUUUUAUCGAAACAUUUAGUUCAGGUCGUUACGCACACUUUGGAGUGUAUGAGCAAUUGAAAGACUCUAUCGUGAAACACUACCCUAAAAACCAAUACCCUACUGAAGUGAAUCUACUUAUAAACAUAGAUGGGCUACCACUGUCAAAGAGUUCAGCUAUUCAAUUUUGGCCUAUACUAUGUGCUAUCCUUUCUAGUGAAUUCUACACAACCCCAUUCCCUAUAGGAAUUUUUGAAGGAAAUACGAAACCAGAUGACGUAAACCAAUUUUUUAAAAAAUUUGUAGACGAAACCAAUACCAUUCUACAGUCGGGUAUAAUUUUAGAUCAUAAAACCAUUGUGGUAAAACUGCACGCUAUUGUAUGUGAUGCUCCAGCCAAGGCGUACGUAUGUGGUAUAAAAAACCAUACAGGCUAUUUUGGUUGUCCCAAAUGUAUUCAACAAGGCGAAUUCAUUGAAAAUAGGGUUGUGUUUACCGAGACAAGUUCAAGUGAGAGAACUGAUGCAUCAUUUAAAAACAGAAUUCACCCCGAACACCAUAGAGAAACGACAGCAUUGGAAAAAUUACCCAUAGGAAUGGUAUCACAAGUGGGACUGGAUUAUAUGCAUUUAGUUUGCCUGGGUGUUAUGAAACGUCUGCUUCAGUUUUGGGUGAAAGGAAAAUUAAAUAUCAGAUUGAAGCCAAAUAAAUUGGAAGAAGCUUCCAGUAAACUAAUAUCGAUGAGAGCCUAUAUUACUCUAGAAUUUGCACGACAGCCAAGGAGUUUAAAUGAAAUUGAUCGUUGGAAGGCGACAGAGUUUCGACAAUUUCUGCUGUAUACGGGGCCAAUUGUAAUGAAUAAUAUAUUGUCUGUGAAAACCUAUAGACACUUUAUGUGUUUAAGUGUAGCUAUUAGAAUAUUGUGUGAUGGUAAUUCUGAUACUGACUUGAUAGAUUAUGCACAUAACUUGCUUCUAUAUUUUGUACGAAAAUAUGGAAAUAUGUAUGGAUUACAUUAUCUAUCAUAUAAUGUACAUAAUUUGAUACAUUUAGCGCAAGAUGUAAAGAGAUUGGGACAGUUAGAAAAUUUCAGUGGUUUUAAAUUUGAGAAUUACUUAUAUAACUUAAAAAGAAAGCUCCACAUAUCGGGUAGACCCCUUGAACAAAUAUGCAACAGAAUUAUAGAGGAAAAGAAUCACAACAGAAAUGUUUUACAAAAGUAUCCUAUUUUACAUUCCAAGCUUAAUGUAAUUUACAAAGCAGAGUUUGAGUCGUUCACCCUAACUACGACUGCACCAAAUAGUUAUUGUAUCCUUUAUGACGGGAGAGUUGUAAAUAUUUUGAAAAUAUCUCAGAAAACUAAUGUCUUAUGUUUCACCGUGAACACAUACAAAACUAAUACAUCUUUUUUUUCUGUUCCAUGUAAAUCAGAAAGUUUAGGCAUUUUGUAUGUAGCAGAUGUGAUGGAAGACACUUUUGAAAUACCAUUUUCUGAUAUAAAAAAUAAAUGUAUGUGCCUUAAAUAUUUAGAUGGAUAUGUUGUUAUGCCAUAUUUGCAUUAAUUACCAAUUGUAAAAUUAUGUUGUACAUUUUAUUAACCACUGUAUAAAUGUACCUAUACUCUACUUACUAACACUUAAUCACACCAUUUCUAUACUAUCUAUAGGAAGAAAAUUAUGUCUUUAAAAAAAUUCGCAGUGGUGUAUUUCGAAGAAAACGAAUCUUUCUCCGAAAUUCCAUCCUCAUGGUUAAACGAGGACAUGAAAUAUUGCAAGUGGCCAAAAUCGCUGAAUCCCACAGCGUUAAUGGUUAAGGGGAUAGAACCCUCUGACACAUGGGGGAAUUAUAAAGUUAGAGUUGAGAAGUUUUAUGAUACGCUGGAAGCUGCACGAAAGCAUGCUGGAACAGAUUACACAUCAAGUGAAGAGGUCGAAACUGGAAGGGGGAAAAGAAAAAAGACCAGUGUAACUAAAUCAACGUCUACUGACGAUGAAGAGUCUACUAAAGAUAGUCCACCUCCAACUCUUAAGAAAAGGAGAUCUUCGCCACGUUUCUCUAAGCGAGAAAACACACGCCAAUCUUCUACGAAUAACGUUAAUAAUAAUGAAAACUUGCUAUCAUCAUCGCAAGAACAUGGACAAAAUGUACCGAUGGCAUCAAAUACAGGCAGCAUCAUUGAAUCUAAUGAAGGUGCAGACCAGAUACGUCCACUAGACAAUUCCAUAGUGCUCGAUUUUGGAAAUUCCACGUUGCAGGAACUAAUACAUACUUGCGAUCACAGACACGAUUUUGACAAUAUUCAUACAAACAUGAAAAAAAUAUUCGUGCAGAUAAAAUCUCUGGAAUCCAGAUUGGAACAAUUGAACAAUCAAAACCAAACAAACAUUAUAUCAAUAAACACAGAGGAGGUUCAGACAAAGCUCCCAUUAAAUACGCUAGAGGAAUUAAGCACCUUGGAAAACAUUGUGGCUGAGGAAGGGGAGUUUUCACAUAAAUUUACCUCAUACUUACAAACCAUUGGCGGCAAAAAUGCAAAAGACGCCCUAGUUAACAUGCUUCGGAAAGUAUUCACCAAUAAAUUAGCAGUAAGCUGCUCCUGGCAUGGCCUUAGGGGGAAUUUUAAAUUAUCAAAUUUAAAAUUUAUGAACAGGAUAAUAGCUGCUGAACAACGUAUGUAUAACAGCAUCCAAGAGCACGAAAUAAUUACCAUUAUAAAUGAUUGGUUUCGUCAAGCUAGAUUAAGAGAAACCAGGGAAAGAAAUUAGCAGCCUAAUAAAUGUAAUAAUAAUAAAUGUUGCUUUUUUGUUUUUAUUUUACCAUAUUGGUAUCUUAGUUUUUUAAUUAUAUCCCGUAAAAUAAGAAUUUCCUUGUUUAAUAAGUGUGCUCAUACAUAAAUAGUUCUUUGUAAUAAAUUAUUUACUUUU